CACUUUCAUUGACAAUGGUCCAUAAAUUUCGUGUAUGUAUAGCUGUUCCUUACAGUAUUUUACACAUUAUUCAGCUGAGCCUUCUGAAAUAAAAGAAAUUGCAAGGAAUCAAACAUUUAAUAAUACAGACAUUAGAGACUCAAAUCAGACAAAUUAUACCUACCCGCAUUUUGUAAGCAGCCGGUUGCUUGUCUGAUGUGAUAUGAGGCGCAAUGCACUACCUAAAUUGGAGGGUUCUGUCUUCGAAAGUAACAGAUUAGCUUCCAGCCCUCCAAGAACACUAAACGUAUCCAUCUCUCUCUCUGGCUUUGCCUCUCUGCAAGUUUGGAACCCUUUGGUUCAUCCUCCAAUGGCCCAACUGGAGGGUUCGGAUGAGAUUGAAUCCAUGCGAAUUGAGUUAGCAGAGAUAGGAAGGAGCAUAAGGUCCUCAUUCAGAAGUCAGGUGUCAAGUUUACGUAGUGUGAUUUCUGAACAUCAUUGUGAAGUUGAUGAUAAUGAUGAAUAUGAGUUGCAAUGGGCCGCAGUUCAGAGACUACCAACGUUUGAAAGGGUUACUACGGCUUUGUUUGAUGACAAAAGGGAAGAGGGAAAGGCAGACACAGCGAAUAUCAAAAGGAAACGAGUUAUUAAUGUCACCAAACUUGGAGCUGAUGAGCGGCAUAUGUUCAUAGAGAAUCUCAUAAAACACAUUGAACAUGAUAACCUGCGAUUGUUGCAAAAGCUUAGAGACAGAAUUGACAGGGCUGGAGUACAGUUGCCUAUUGUGGAAGUGAGGUAUAAAAAUUUGUGUGUUCAAGCAGAGUGCCAGUUGGUUCAUGGCAAGCCUCUUCCCACUCUCUGGAAUGCUACUAAAAGUGUGUUUUCUGGUGUAGCCAAUCUGUUAGGUUCAAAACAAGAAGCCAAGAUAAGCAUCCUAAAGGAUGUCAGCGGCAACCUAAAACCUGGAAGGAUGACUUUAUUGCUUGGCCCUCCAGGAUGUGGCAAAACUACAUUAUUGAUGGCGCUUGCUGGGAAACUAAGGCAAUCAUCUCUCGAGGUUGUAGGGGAAAUAACUUACAAUGGUUACGGACUGGACGAGUUUAAUCCUCAGAAAACCUCAACUUACAUAAGCCAAUAUGAUCUGCAUACUCCAGAGAUGACAGUGAGGGAAACACUUGAUUUUUCUGCACGCUUCCAGGGUGUAGGAAGCAGAGCUGUAAUCAUGAAGGAAGUCAUCAGAAGAGAGAAGCAGGCAGGGAUAAUUCCAAAUCCUGAUGUAGAUGCUUACAUGAAGGCAAUAUCAGUUGAAGGUAUGGAAAGUACCCUUCAUACAGAUUAUAUUCUGAAGAUUCUUGGACUUGACAUCUGUUCUGACAUAAUGGUUGGAGAUGCCAUAAGAAGAGGUAUCUCAGGCGGUGAAAAGAAGAGAUUGACAACAGGGGAGAUGAUUGUGGGGCCAACAAAAGCUUUAUUCAUGGAUGAAAUAUCAAAUGGACUUGACAGUUCAACCACUUUCCAGAUUAUAUCCUGCCUUCAGCAUUUGGCGCAUAUUACUGAUGCUACCGCAUUGAUUUCACUUCUUCAGCCUGCACCAGAGACUUUUGAUCUCUUUGAUGAUGUUAUUCUGAUGGCAGAAGGGAAAGUUGUGUAUCAUGGCCCAUGCACUACUAUUUGCAAAUUUUUUGAGGACUCUGGAUUUAAGUGCCCAGAAAGAAAGGGCAUUGCUGACUUCCUUCAGGAGGUAAUAUCUAGAAAAGAUCAAGUGCAGUAUUGGUACCAUAAAGAACAACCUUACAGUUAUGUUUCUGUUGACCAGUUCAUCCAAAAGUUCAAAGAAUGUAAGAUUGGCCUGAGUCUAGAUGAGGAGCUUUCAAAGCCAUUUAACAAGACUCAAAGUGGCAAAGAUUCUUUAUCACUCAAAACAUACUCGCUAAGUAAAUGGGAACUGUUUAAAGCUUGCUCAAUGAGGGAGUUCCUUCUAAUGAAGAGGAAUUCUUUUAUGUAUGUGUUUAAGUCUGUACAGCUUGUCAUAGUUGCUUCAAUGACCAUGACCGUUUUCCUGCGCACUAAAAUGGCUGUCGAUCUCAUCCAUGCAAGUUAUUUUAUGGGUUCUCUAUUUUUUACUCUCAUCAUAUUAGUUGUUGAUGGAUUUCCAGAAUUGAGCAUGACCGUAUCAAGACUUCAAGUUUUCUACAAACAGAGAGAGUUGUGCUUCUAUCCUGCGUGGGCUUAUGCAAUUCCUGCAGCAAUCCUAAAAUUUCCACUUUCACUCUUGGAGUCCUUUUUGUGGACUUCUCUUACUUAUUAUGUCAUUGGUUACAGCCCUGAGUUUGGAGGGUUCUUCCGCCAGUUCCUCGUAUGCUUUGGAGUGCACCUAUCAUCAAUGUCCAUGUUCCGUUUAAUUGCCUCAUUCUCCCAAACUAUAGUUGCUUCUACAACUGCUGGCUCUCUUAUGCUACUGAUUAUUUCAUCAUUUGGGGGCUUCAUUGUUCCAAAACCAUCUAUGCCACCUUGGUUAAAAUGGGGAUUUUGGCUUGAUCCCAUGUCAUAUGGGGAGAUAGGCUUGACCCUGAAUGAAUUUCUUGCUCGUCGGUGGGGAAAGGUUAAGUUUGGAAACACAACCGCAGGACAACAAACUUUAGAAAGUCGAGGAUUGAACUUUGACAGCUACUUUUACUGGAUAUCUAUUGCAGCUUUAUUUGGAUUCACAGUACUUUUCAAUGCUAUAUUUACCUUGGCUUUGACUUUCUUGAAGCCUCCAGGAAAGUCUCGUGCUAUAAUUUCUUCUGAAAGAUACUCUCAACUACAAGGACUAGAAGAUGGCAGAGAUAGCGGUAGUAUACACAAAGAAAGCAGAAGUAUUGCAGGAACUAGAAAAGGAAAAAUGGUUUUGCCUUUCGAGCCCCUAGCUGUGGCAUUCCAGGAUGUGCAGUACUAUGUUGAUACCCCUUUGGAAAUGAGAAAACGAGGUUUUAAGCAGAGAAAGCUGCAGCUUCUCUCCGAUAUCACUGGUGCAUUCAGACCUGGUAUCUUAACAGCAUUGAUGGGUGUCAGCGGAGCAGGUAAAACAACACUUAUGGAUGUUCUUUCUGGAAGGAAAACUGGCGGUACAAUUGAAGGAGAGAUUAGAAUUGGUGGGUAUCUGAAAGUUCAAGAUACAUUUGCCAGGGUAUCAGGCUACUGCGAGCAAACUGAU